AUGGACUGGCUUAGAAUUCAUUGGAUAAAUGUUAUCUCACUGACGGAACCAACUAUCGGUAAUUCAAAUUUGACACAAUCUGAUCUUGAUCGACUACUUGAUUUAGACGACACCUAUCGAACAGAUUAUACCUACGUUACGUCCAAAAGCUACCGACUCGAUGGUUCAGAUGAUUAUGAAACUCCUCGCAUGUCGAGAUUGCCUUUGAAUUAUUAUAGACGUAAGUGGGCAUUUGAAAAAGCACGGAAAGUUGGUUUACUCUACUACAUAUGCUUUUGUACGUGUGACUUUGUGAGUGAGCUGAUUCCAAAACCGCUAGCAAUGAUUUUGGAUAUUAUCAUGGGUAUUUUACGUUUCAUUAUUCGUUGUUUGUGGUAUGUCAUCAAUGGAAUAUUUCCAAAUCCGGAACAGUCCACAGUUAUACAGGAAAUGCAGUUAGAACCAGCAUCUUAUCUUGAAGAAAACAGAUACAAUGUCAAGUAUGAGAAGCCAUUAAGGCAAGAAAAUGAAUUUCAACCAUCCCGAACACCAAGCCCAGAGACAAUAAGGAAUAGUCAAGCGAGAUCAUCUGAUUCCUUGGCUAAUAAGCUGGGACGGUCAUUUGCCAACAUGAUAACACUUGGUUAUUUUUCCAAUGAUGACGUCCAAGGGAAAGUUAUGCCAAAACGGAAGAAUUUGGAUCACAGUGAUGAUUAUGAUGGAGAUAAAUGGCAUGAGCGUUUUUCGUUCAAUCCAAUACACGAUAUAACUCGUAAUGUGCGGCGACGUGUAAGAACUAGCAAUUAUGAAUACUCGGAAGAUCGUGGAUCAGAAAUUAACAAUCACUCAGUUCAUACUGAAAAACUAACCAAAGGAUUAGCGGAAUCACUCUUCUUCAAAUCAUUUUACCUUACUUUUAUAACAGUAUUGUCGCCACUGAAAACUUUCGAAUAUAUCAUUGAAAAAAUUGCAUGGAUUUUGCCGGGUUUUAGUCAUUCAACCUAUGAUUUGCGCAGUCGUACCGUGUACAAGAAUCUACCAGGUGAAAAAACAUCAUAUACUGAUGGUUUUGCGAACUUCUUGUCUGAAAUUGCCACAUCGUGUUCUCUUAAUAUUUUCUCUCUGAUAAAAAAAUUACUGUUCCUACCGUUCAUCAUAUUCUCCUACAUUAGUGAUGGAUUUCUUGGUUCAAAUCGAUCGAAGCGAUUGCAGCAGCAAGCUGUGGGGACGUCAGAACGGCAUCAUUUAAUCUUUCAAAUCUUUGAUUUUCUGAUCGAUCUUUUGUUUUCAUGCAUCUCUGGUUUCAUUUAUUUCCUCGUCUCCCUACUAUCAGUGCCAUUUUCUAUCGCCGAGAAUAUUCGAGAGCGCGCAGCUUAUGCGUUGGAUUAUAUGUUUGGGUCGAAAGCCGCAAUGUUGGUAGGUUAUGAAGAAAUAAGACCGGUUAAAAGAAAAGGAUUUGCCACUAACCUCAAAUCUCCUGCUGCUGCCAACCAACAAAAAAUGAUUCAUGCAGUAGCUCAUAGUAAAAGCCAACUUUUUCCAACUCGGAGUUCCGUAAAGCGCUCUUCGGCAUUCUGGAAAUGGUUGUUACCUUUGGUAAUCUUGCUGUUACUGCUCAUUAUGUUUUAUAAACGGCGUGAUAGCCGAGAUAAUCUACAUGUAACGGAGUCGUUUGAUGAAGUCCAACAAAAUAAUUUUGGUGGAUGGAAGAAAAAUAUAGGAAAUGGUCUAAGUUCUAUGCUCAGAAAUGCUUUAUAUUUGCUAUCUGCUGUAUUCCGCUUCUUAUAUGACCGCAUAUUAUAUUCUACAAAGUGGCAUGGCGCAAUGAUGCAUCCUCGAGAAGUACCAAAAUAUGUUUACAUGGCUGGUCAGUCAGUGGGUACGAAAGCAGUGACUGUUAUCUACAGCUAUAAUUUCUUAUACAGAAUUAUACAGCCUUAGGAGUUGGCAGUCAUUCAUUUCUUCGAAAGUUUUAGCGUAUUAAGUUCCAGAGUGUAUGGCAUUAUCCAGCAAGUGUCCGCUAUUUCGGAAUGGAUUCGAAAUUGCUUUUCUUUGUAUUUUGUACAUUUCUUUAGGAAAACUUCUACUGAAUUUUCUGAUUCCUCACUUACUCCUGCUUAUAAAGGAAUUCUUGAAGCUAGGAAGACAAAUUUGAUUAGUUCAAACGGUUUCAACCAGCAACAAGCUGAAUGGACUUUGGAACAUUUAAAAUAUGAAAAGGACUUGUUGGAAUCGGAAGUGUUACAAUUGCGUCGUGAACGAGAACUACAAGAAGAUCGCUACAAAGAUAUACAUAAAGCAUUACGAAUAGUUGAGAAAAGUGCCCCGAUGUCCACAGAUAAGCGGUUAAAAGAACCAUCAUUAAUCAGCGAUGAAUUAUUGCAGUACAAAAAUGAUGAAAAUUUUUUAAAUUACUUGGUUAACUUGAGAAAAUCAGAUGAUGAGGAAUUGAGAAAGCGUUUACUUGUCAUUGAGAGGCGUUUGGUGGAACGAUUGGACAUUCUGUCAGGAAAAAUCGAGAGUGAAAUUGCACAGAAGAAUAUUCCCACUUCUGAACAAUGCGAUGUGGGACGGUCAGCUUUGUCCAACGAACUAUCGGAGCUUUCAUCUGCAGUUAGAAAUUUGCGCAUUCAGUUUGACCAACUUCGUCAAAAAAAAGAAGCCAAAAUUGCACAACUCGCUCAUUCAAUAAUGAUUCGUGAUAUAAAACGGAGCAAUGAUUUGAGCACACUGAAAACUGAACUAAAUAAGAAGAUGAAAGAUGAUCUUGAUAAGGAACUUUCACUCAGUUUAACUCGUUUCGAAAAAGCAUCGCAUGAGGAACGAGAAGCAUUUCGUUUAGAAAUUAUGAAAGCAGUGGAGAAUCGAGUCAUUACUCUCUUCGCAAGUUACAUAGCUGAAAAAAGUGGCGCCGUUUCCGAAAAUAAAUUGAGUUCUAUUCUCCAACUGUCGGAUUCCGAUUUUACGGUUAUAAAAAAGAUGAUAACUGAUGCUUUGGAUACGUAUGAUGCAGAUAAGACGGGCAAAGUAGAUUAUGCACUAGAAAGUUCAGGGGCAUCUGUUGUAAGUACACGCUGUACGGAGCCAUACAAGGAGAAUUCACGACUGGAAUCAAUUUUUGGAAUUCCACUCUGGUACUCUUCAUAUUCACCGAGAGCCGUAAUUCAGCAUCGCCCUUUGGCAGCUGGUGAAUGCUGGGCUUUUCGCGGUAAAGGAUAUCUAACGAUAAAGUUGUCCCAUCCAAUUUAUAUCGCAGAAGUUAGCUACGAACAUUUGCAUUCAACAUUGCAUCCAGAUGGAGUAUUGAAAAGCGCACCCAAACUUUUUCAAGUUUAUUCUUACCAAGCAGUUGAUGAUCUCAAAUCAAAAUCCUUAAUUGGACAAUAUGAAUAUGAUAUUAAGGGUAGAGCACUGCAGACAUUUCAUGCACAGAACGAGUCUAACAUGCCGGUAGCAAUAAUCGAAUUGGUGGUGCAAUCGAAUUGGGGUUCAGACUACACAUGCUUGUAUCGUUUUCGUGUGCAUGGACAAAAGGCGUAA